AUGCUUCAGCGUGUGAUUGCCACCUUAAGUUGGUUGUCUCUGGGGUGUCCGCUGGAGUGCCCGCCCGAAGCGCGCGUUGGAGCUGCAAUUUCAGACGAGCAACUUGACAUGCAGAGCAUUCUCGAGCGCCACAUAAAACACUUUGUGUCUGCGCCGCCUUUGGAAGCUGCUUCUUUAGGCCGAGCUGAGGAACGCUUUGCUCAGUUGCUCCGACUUGCACAGGAACUGCCUAGAGAUCCCAACAUGGCCUCAGGUGUGGACCUUCCCGAAUUUGUUUCUGCAUUGCAUGCUGAGUUCGACCCCUACGGAGGUAGAGAUUCCGACAUUCCUCGACCCCAGCCUCCUUGCGAGUUAGAGUCCCGGGGUAGCCAACAUGUUUCGUCAGCUGGGGUUUCAUCUUCUGGCGAGUUAGGGGUUUGUUCCACGACUGGAGGUGCUCGGUAUAAAGAGGUUCAAGCUGAUCGCAUUCGUUGGGAGCACCCGCCUGCUUUUGACGCUGCCCAGUACCUCUCCGACCCAGUUGUGAAAGCUGCCUACAAUAACCCUAACGUACUGAGGAAACCUUCGCAUGACUGGCCCAAGACGCGUGCUGCAAAGGUUCAUUGCUCUCGAGCUGAGUUGUUGAAACUUGCAGCUAAGUGGGAUGCCGUUGGAGCCCUUGCUCUUACUCCUUGUGAUGCUGUCGAGGAGCGUGAAGCUGUAGGAGUGUUUGCCAUCACUAAGGACCGUGAGUGGGAUAGACUUAUCAUCAAUCCUACGGUGAUUAACUCGCGCUCUAAUGGCUACAGUAACUUCACUAGGUACCUCGCCCCCGGAAAUCUGAUUGGACUCACUCACCUUGGCGAUGGCGAGUGCCUCCGAGUGUCGGCGGAUGAUCUAUCCGAGAUGUACUACACGUUUCGGGUGCCUCCUCUGAGAGCUGCAAGGAACGCCAUCCGCAUGAAGUUCGCACCUUGGGAAGUCUCGCAUUUCAGAUGCUUCUCUGCUGCCUUGCAUUCCGUUCCGGUUUACCUGUCACUGGCUGCGCUCGCUAUGGGAGAUGCUAUGGCGGUGGAAAUUGCCCAGCAAUCGCACUACAACGUUUUGGCUACUCUAGCCGGCUCCAUGCGUGCUUCUGAGGUUGCUGCUUAUCGCAUGCCGUACCCCCGUGGUGACACGGCCGAGUACCUCGCUAUCGACGACCACGUGGUGGCUCAAAAGGUCACGCGUGCAGAGCUGGCUCGUGGUGAGCCGAAGCGCGAUUCUGAAAUUUUCAGUAAGGCUGAGGGUGCUUACGCUGAGGUUGGUUUGGUGCAACAUCCGCGCAAACGCCGCCGGUAUCAGACUUCUUGCAUUUGCCUCGGUGCCGAAAUUGAUGGCAUCAAAGGUUUGGUGUCCGCUCCUAGACAUCGGAUUGCUGUGCUGAUGACCAUCACUGCCGAGGUCGUGCGUCGCGGCACGUGCUCGGGCGCUUUCUUAGCGUCUUUGCUGGGGCUCUGGAUUCAUGUCCUUAUGUAUCGCCGGCCAAUGCUUGCUCUCUUGGAUUGUGCGUUUGCCGACAGCAGGCGCACUCCUGCCACUUCGGUGUUCGCCCUCAGCCGCAACACUCUUAAUGAGCUGCAAGCUUUGGUGAUUCUGGGACCUAUUGUUCAGACGGACAUGCGGGUUUCUUUUACACCGGCCGCCUUUUGCAUGGAUGCGUCUCCCACGGGCGCGGGCAUCUGUGCGGCUCCACUGCCGGCCUCCGUGGUUGCUGAGCUGUGGAGGCAUUCCGAGCAAAAGGGCUACUACACUCGCUUAGAAUCGCCUGCUGCUGCACUUCUGCGUGAAAAGGGCCUCGAGCCUGAAGCCGUGUUUGGUGCCGAGCCUGUUGAGGCCCCGACGGCAGUGUUUCCUUUGCCUCCCGCUAUGGGCGAGGGGGUUCUGUACGACACGCUUGAGUGCUUUUCAACUGGGGGCACGUGGGCUGCAGCGCACGCAGCCGCAGGCUUAGUUGCUCACCCGGGCAUUCACACUGCCGGGCGUCCCAUCUUGUUUGCAGAUUUGGCUGAUUGCGCUGUUUGGUCACAGCUGGCAGCACUAGCGGCUCGUGGCAUCAUCCGUGAAUGGCACUUUGAGCCUGCAGCCCGCGCGACCUGUACCUGUACGGAGCCGCAUCUUCGUGCGGAAGGCUCGUUCACAGGGCUGCGUGCUCAAGCUGUCACUGACCGGUGCCGGCCCUGUGUUUCGGCGGUGUUCGGUCGCGAACCGGUUGCCGGCGAGAGUUUGCAUAGCUUGGCCUCGGUCACGCCUGUGCGUCUCUGCCAACGCUUGGCCGCUGAGAGUGCUGAGGCCAAGAGGGGGUUCGGUCGUCCUCUACCUCUGUCGGCGCAGAUGGCGUGCGCUCGCAAGCUAGGGUUGGUCUGUUUUGACGCUGACGAAAACAGUCCGGAGGAUGUUGCCGAGCUCAGGGCCUUCCACGACGAUCCGGAGUGGAUCGGUGAGCUCGCCGAUUGUCUUGAAUUUUCUGAAAUCCUCCGUUAUCGCUUUGCACGGCAGGGGCACAUCAACGUUCAAGAGGCCAACCGCAGCGAUGGUCCUUCGCGGGGCAGAAGUGUGGCUCCGCCGUCCAAAGAGUGGCCGGUUUGGCUCAGUGAGCUUUGUGAGGGCAAGACUUACCGCUUCGACGUUUGCCUCGCAGCUGCCAGAGUACCUAAGCUUGCGGGUCGGUGGCUCCGGCUGUUACUGCUGUUAGGCGGGGACAUCGAACGCCAUCCAGGCCCGGUUGUUCGUGAGCCUCGUGGGCCUCUCGACUUGUCGUCCGGCUUUGCUGCCUCCACUCGUCACAAGAUGACGAAGAGCCUGGAUGCUUUUAAGCUGUGGUUAGCCGUCAGUUUGAACCUCUCGUUCUCUGCGGCUAUGUCGUGCGCCGAGUCGGCAGCUACUGCGCUGCGCGCCUUCGGGCUUCACCUGUAUGCCGAAGGUCAUCCUCGCUAUUUGCUUGUGUAUGCCAUUACGGCCGUUCAAGACGCAUUUCCGGCAUUCCGCAAUCACCUUACGCCUGCGUGGCAGAUCGACAAGAAAUGGCAGCAUGUCGAACCUGGCGAAUGCAGGCCGGUGAUCUCCAAGCCUAUCCUCCUAGCUUCGGUUUCUGUAGGGCUCCUUUGGGGUUGGUUUGACUGGGUCGCUGUCACCUUAGUGGGUUUCUUGUGUAUGCUGCAUCCUUCCGAGCUUGUGUGUCUGCAGCGGAGCGACCUCGUGCUCCCUGAAGACAUGAUGUCAUCGGACGUGCUGGCUUACAUUCAUGUGCGCAACCCUAAGACGGCCCGUUUCGCUCGGAGGCAACACUCUCGACUUGAGGAUGCCCACACCUUGCGUUUUCUGGUGGCCAGGUACCAGCACUUAGGUUUGCAUGAGCGAAUCUUUCGGGGCUCUCUCAGCACUUACCGUAACCAAUGGAAUGCCAUCAUGUCGCGCCUUGAAGUGCCCCACACUCAGGCGCAGCGUGGGGCAACACCUGGGGUGCUGCGUGGGAGCGGCGCUACGCACCUUUACAUGGAAACCGAAGACGUGCAGUUGGUGGCUUGGAGAGGCCGCUGGAGUAAACUCAAGACGGUCGAGUUCUACCUCCAGGAGGUGGCUGCUCAGUUGCUCCUUCAACAGCUCCCAGCGUCCUCCCGAGAGCGCAUAGCUACUCUUAGCAGCUUUGCCGGUCGGACUGUGGAAGCGGAGAGGCGGCUUCAGCACUUUUACCUCGAACUGCCGUGGCGAGCAGACGCCGGCAAAAAGCCGACGACGACUUGGGACACCUUGGAGAAGCAGGAACUGCCGUGGCGAGCAGACGCCGGCAAAAAGCCGACGACGACUUGGGACACCUUGGAGAAGCAGGCGAAAAGGAGUGGGAUCACUUUAUCAUUUGCGAGAAAACGCUCCUACAAACGUGCCUUGAACAGGGCAGAGGCGAACGGCAGUGCUUGGUACAGGGGUCAAUGGCUCAGCUUGGCAACUCUUCGAAAGUCCUAUGUGUCCAACAAUGCAGCCGCAAAGACCGAAGUGCUGAACAUCCCAGCAGCCAGCAGGUCCCAAUGCAAAAGUGGAUCCAGAUUUUCAUUGCGGGCUUUCUCCUGGAAUUGUGGCGGGCUCAACAACCUUAAGGAUGAGCUACACACCUGGCUUCAAGAGCACGGCAGUGAUUACAGCAUUGUUCUACUGCAAGAGACUUGGUAUCGUUCGGACAUGGAUUUUCUUGACAGGGGGUGGAUUUGCAUCAACUCGGGCGUCGGUGAGGGAGUGGCGAGAGCGCAAGCAGGCGUCAUGGUGUUGCUUCGCAAAGAUGUUUUUGAUCAGUCGCAUGUUCGCUUUCACCAUGUAGUUCCAGGCAGGGUGCUUCACGUGCAGGCGCUGUGCAAGGGAGGCUGGGUUAAUGUGGUCAACAUCUAUCAGCACAGCUGGGGCUUGGCCUCGGAUCAGGACCGAUUGCUCACCAAGCGGGCAGCGAUCUGGGAGAAGGUCAGGGACACCUUUGGCCAGAUUCCCAAGGGCCACUUUCUCAUUGCUGGAGGUGACCUGAACACGUCAGCGAAACCGAUGCAUCCUUGGAUAGGUCGUGGCAUGCUGCAGAAGGGCCAGAUUUCCCCGGAUGCCGAGUGCUUGGAACAGUUGGUGCAGGACUUUCAGCUGAAGGCUGUGAACACUUUUGGUAGGCCCACGGCGUUCUCCUACGUUCAUGAAGGCUACAAGGUCCAUCGCAAAUCGUUUGUUGACUAUUGGUUGCUGCGACAGUGUCAAUCAGGACAGUCUUCAGCAUCCUUGCUUGCGGGCUUCGAGGUUGGAAGAUGGCGUGAAGGAGGGCGGCACUUGCCCAUUGUCGUGGCUGUCACCCUCAGGCCUUACCAUCACCAGGUUCGUAAGACUCCCCGAGAAUGGCCAGUGUGGAAGUGCAAAUUGUUACAGCAGGCGGCAAAGGACCACCCCGAGAAGGCUGCGGAGUUCCAGGCCAUGGUUCAGGAGCGCUUGGAGGCAGAGAUCGAAUACCAACCACAGUUCUUGAAUGACAUCCUGUUGCAGGUGGGGAAACAGGUCUUCGAUAUUCAGCGACCAAGAGUGCAGCCGCCAGCUUGGACAGCAGAUGCACACACCAACUUGAUUAAGCAGAUGUGGUCACAUUAUCGGUUGAUGAAGCGUAGGCGGUGUCUCCCUGGCACUCGGGCCAUCUUGCAGGCCUGGCGUCAUCAAGUGGCAUUCCUUCGGUUACACAGGGCGGUUCAGAAACACAGCCGGCAGCUCCGACGAUCACAUUUUGAUCAAUUGCUGACGGCAGCCGAGCGCUGCGAUCAGGUCGACGGGGCAUCGACCACUUUUACUUUGAUCAAGAAGUGGGCUCCCAAGCAGGCCAAGAAACGAACACAGCUGAGAUCCCCCAACGGCCGACUUUUGUGCCCGGCUGAGGAAGUCAAGGAACUGGCGACAUUCUGGAAGGAGAUCUGUGCGGGCAGUGAUGGGCAGGCUCCACCCAGCCACCAACCACGGCAUGCCUAUCAUGUGUCACGAGAGGAACUACUUCAUGCUCUGCUCUCGCUGAAGGGCAACAAAGCGGCACCGGCUCAUUGUGCACCACAUGCGCUGUGGCAGAUUGCAGCAGGUCCUGUUGCCGAGUUCUUGGAUGUUCAGGUUCUCAGCAAAUGGCGUGACGAAGAAGCCGAGGUCUUUGAGGAUUGGUCGGCGUCCUGGCUCACCUUCUUGAACAAAGCUAACAAGCCGGGCAAUAAGCCCGGAGAUCUCAGGCCGAUUUCCUUGUUGGAGCCAGCGGGGAAGGCCAUGAGCGGCAUCAUCAAGCAACAUUUGAUGCCUUUCCUGCAGCCCUGGGUUGAGGACAGACAUCUUUUUGGGUACUUGCCCAAUCGAUCGUCGCAACAGGCACUGAGCAUUGUAUAUCGGCAUUGUGCCGAUGCCCGUGCUCGGGCGAAAGCACAGGGUCGAGAUUUGUAUGCGAUCCGUCAGGGACAUCGACGAGGGGGCUGCGCAGGGGGCUUGCAGGUGAGCAUCGAUUUCACACAAGCGUUCGAUAGGGCCAACCGCGCUCUGCUCAACUCAGCCCUUCUACAUCUGAAGGUCCCUGAUAACCUACGAUGCUUGAUUAUGCAGUGGGUAGAGACUACCACUUUCCAUGUUGUGCAGGACGAUGCUGAAGCCAAGUUCUCCUCCAGUCGAGGAAUAAGACAAGGCUGUCGCUUAUCACCAUCACUCUGGGUGUGCAUCUCGGUGUACUUGCUGCAUUUGCUUGAGCAGGAGAUGGGGUCCCAAUGGUGCAACGAUCAUCUGGUGGGCUUUGCUGAUGAUACUCAUCUUCGUUGGGAUAUCCAUGAUGCGGUGCAGCUACAUCAGGCUCUUGCACAAGCACAUCGGGCAUUACAACUCCUGGAAAAGGCGGGUCUCAAACUUAGUCGGGACAAGACGGUUUGUCUGCUACGGGUUGAAGGUGUUCAGACUCCACACAUCAAGCGGCAGCUCAUCGACAAAGCCAAGGACGGCCGAGUCCUCAAAAUCAGCCCGGACUACAUCCUGCCACUCAAACAGGAUCACAUUUACUUAGGCGCUUGCAUCACAUAUGGGGACUUUGAGCACAAGAACAUGCAGCACCGAGUCCAUGCAGGCAAAGUGGCAUUCCAACGAGUUCGCAAAUUUCUCAUGGCAGACAAGGCAGCCAGCAUGCAGAAGAGGCUUCGACUAUGGAAGGCCAUUGUCAUCCCAACUGUCAUGUACUCAAUCACUGCUUCCGGUGUUCUCCCCAAGGGGGUCGACGCACUUCGCGUCAUGUUGACCAAGCAAGCGCGAGCCAUCGCGCGCAGCCCCAGACACAGGCUGGGAGGUGAAACCGGUGAAGAGGUUAUCACGGAAUCCGAUGAAGUUUUCUGGCGAAAGGUGGCAAUGGUCACUCCCGAACAGAUGGUGCAACAGAGAUUGCAGGCCGCCGUGGAACGCACAACGGAGCUUACGCAUCACUUAGCGACACAGGAUGUUCGAAUCAGCGCGGCUGUUCGGGAGUGGGAGCAGACCAUUCUGCAGCAGUUCAAGGACCGUUGCAUUCAGAGUGAUAGCGUCACUACUGUUCACAAGUGUGAUGUUUGCAAUGCGGAGUUCGGUGACUACAGUUCUUUGCGGGCACACAAGGCUAAGGUCCAUAGUGCAGAGAGGCGGCAGACUGCAGCGCCAACCUUUGACAGGCAACGUCACGGUGUGGAUGGAAUGCCGACGUGUUCCAUGUGUGGGCACAAAUUUCUGCGGUGGGCUGAUUUGCAGAAACAUGUUGCAGGGAACUUUUGUCAACAGAGCACACCCGACACCGAGGCGAGUACCAUGGUUGAGGCCAAGGCUUCAGUCUGGGAUCAGGCUCGGGAUGGCACGCUUCAGCUCGAUGACAUCAGCUUGGCAACGGUCACCGAGGAGCUCAAGCAGGAACUACUUCAGCAUUGUGCAUUGUGUCGUCAAUGGCAACCCGAUCCCAAGUAUAUCAAGAUACAUUGGGGGCGAGUUCAUAAGAAGGAAUGGCAGGCGCACGAAGCUCACACAUUGCAAUGGCGAAGAGCAACUUUUGCACGCAUUACAGGUACCUGUGCAUGGUGUCAUCGGUCUGUGCCCAAAGGCUCGGUCCAUACCGACACAUGUCCGGUGUUGUUUCAACUGUCUAUGGUUCGUGCGAUGGGCAGUGCAGCCUCAGGCGGUGAUGUCACCACGGUGAGUGCGGAGCCAGGGCUGGUAGCUGAAGUAUCCUUGCCUGAUGUACAUGCCAGCAAACAUUGGACGACCCAUUGCCAGUUGUGCCAUGAACAAUGCACCGCGAGGGGGCUGCGACGGCACAUGGAACAACAUCAUGCAAACAUAUGGUCCCAGUCGAAGACCGGGGUGGUGGAUUUGUGUUCGCAGUGGGCUGCCAGUCUCAAACGUCCGUGUCAGUUCUGUGGAGGCAACUUUAAACGAGCAGCACAGCAUGCACAUGUUUGUCAUGUUCUCUUUCAAUCUGCCUUGCAAAUUUCGCUACCGGCAGCUCCUCCUGUAGAAGUUCAUGGCCAGCAUGUCGACGGGGGAGGACCAGUUCAUGGACAUCUUCGCAGCGACGAUGCCGGCGCUUCGGGAAAUGGCAGCCAAAAGAGCCGCCGAGCAGGUCGAGCAGAACGGCUCCAACAAGAGGCCGCAUCUGGAAGUGACCAAGCAUACCAAGGGCAAAGGCUGGGGGAAAGGCCGAGGCAAUCGCUUCAACAACGGCUGGGGGAACCGUUGGAACACACAGGCACCGGCUCCGGCACCAUCCACGGUUUCUUUAGAAGAUCUUCAGCAAAUGAUGCACUUGGUUGCUCGGCUGCUGGUUCAACAGGACAACGAGAUUCAGAUGCUCAAGAUGGACAAGCAGUUUCUGCUACAUUUCGAGACGGGGCCCCAGGGAAUGGUUCACUUGUUUUGGGAGUCGGCACAGGUCUGGAAGAAGGCCAAGGAAGCCCAGCCCCCGACGGUGGACAAAUCGUUGCGCGUAACCUUGAUUCUGUGCAUGAUGAUGGAGCUAGAAGGCCGCUUGACGAAGAUGCUUGCACACGAGCCGACCAAGGACAACAUGAUCAAGCAUGGUUGGCUCACCACUCUCCUCGGGCAGCCAGCUUGGCCAUACAUGAUUUGGACGGGGGAGAAGUUGGAACUCGACUCCACCAAAGCGGCGAUCCCUCACAGCGAGAUGACGGAGAUCAUAAAGGAGAUCAAGCAGGCGCUCUUCGACAAGUCCGAAGAACUGGUGCACAAGUUCCACAGCGUGCGCCCGUUGGCGGAGCAGAUGGAGGGCGACACAUUACCUUUUCUCUUGUCAAUCAGCACGAGAGGGGCUCUGGCGGAUCGGACGUUCGAGCUUUUUCGAAAGCUGGAGGGCAACACGGUUCUAAGGGUCGUGGGCGCUCGCCUUCGGGGCGAACGCCUCAAGCGGCAACCCCUGGUACAUCAGCUAGUGGAGGCCAUGGCGCAGCUACAGGUGAGUUCGUGACCAAGACGCAGAGGCAGGUCCUUGGAGUGCGGUUGCAGAACAAUCACAACGUGUGUUACAUCAACUCUCUGGUUCUGCUGUGGGCGUGGGCUUCAUCGUUCAGCAAUAAUCUUGAGUACUUUGCAGGUGCGGCGACUCCGGCUCUCCGAGCCAUUCUUACGAGCAAGGGGCUGCUCAAUCUUCUUGAGCUACUGCCUUGGCAAUGCUUUUAUCGCGGAUGGCCCAAUCUGCGACUUCAGCAUGAUGUGCAAGAAUGGUGUGCUCAUUUAUUUACUCAGGUGAUGCCUCGAUUUUUGAGUGGAUCAUGGCAUGCGAAACUUCUUAGUCUGGAGCUCAGAGACCGUGCCCACACGUAUUCGCCUGUUUGGAUGACAUUACCCUCACAUGUACAGGAGUGUACUUUGCAAACAGUGGUGGAUCAGUGGAGUGCUCAGGAUGCUAUACAUGCAUUGUGCGAACCCCCGGAGGUAUUGUGUGUAUGCCUCGCAAGGUUCGGCUAUAAUGGUGAUGAGGCCUUCAAGCACACAAUGUCGGUGAGUUUGCAAAGCUUGUCCAUCAUGAUUCCCUGCUUUCUGAAUGAGAACAGUUUGGAAACCCGUAGUUGUUCAUACACGGUUAUUGGUGCUAUUUCACAUUAUGGUCAGACCGUCAAUUCUGGACACUACAGGGCCAUGCUUUACAGUGCAUCGGAGUCAUGUUGGUACAUCACUGAUGACGGCUCUCGGGCCAAAAGGGCCAAACACAGCGACAUGCAACACCUUUUCAGAAAUGCUUACUUGAUUUGGCUGAGAGCUGAGGGCUGA